CUUUACAAAGCCUUUUUGUAUAGAGACAACUCCUUUCGACUUGGUCACCACCAGCUACAAACAUCGCUUCUACCAACCACAAAAGAAGUACUCGGUUGGGCGCCUGGAAUUGACUAGCGGAACCUCAAUCUCCUUGUCGUUUGACCUUCCCAUCUCAUGUGAUGACCCAGUAUACUAAUUUGAAAGGGAGUGCUGCAUCUGUUAUUGAACAACCAAGAACACCUGCAGAAAAACCGACACACUCUGCGCUCUCUACGGAAAAAAAACGGGUUGUCUUCAGUCCUCAUCCUGAUAAUUCACCAGGUGGAUUCUUGCCAAAACAUGGAAUCCCUAAAAAAAGCAUUUUAAAAAGCUCAACUUUGCAUUCUGAAAACAAUCCUUCAGAUGCAUUUCCUCCCGUAACCAACAAAUCUUCCAUUAAGGACCUCAGUAGUCUGUUUUCUCAAUGGUUGGUCGCUCUUGAGGACAGCGACCGACGGCGACGGGUUGAAACAUACUCUGCUGUUACUCCAUUCAUAAAAAGCUACACUGUUCAUCCAGAAAAUGAUCCUUUUCUUCGAGUUCUCGAUCGUUUCUGUGAAGCGUUGAAACGCGAUAUUUCCUCAGUGUCGAAUACAGGCGUACAUGAUUUCCAACUUAUGACUCAAGCUAAUCGCUUACUAAGUACGCUUUUGUGGCACCCAAGCAUUUCUCAGAAUAUUAAACUCGAUGAUGCCAAAUUUUUUAUAGAGCAUUCGGUUGUUGCUUUAGAGUCUAAACAACUGACAAAGCCUGCGGCCGUUCAACACCUACACUUACUUGCAUGCCAACGCUGCAAUACAGUCAUUACUGCAGCGUUGUGUGAUAGAAUUAUCACAUCCUGUUUAGGUGUUUCCUUUCCAUCCAUUUUGGUCGGGCAAGAGCAAAUCUCCGUAUUGAUAAAAAUGCUUUCUCAGUGUCCACAGAACUUGUCUCACAGGGCUAUGGAUUGGGCUCCAUGUUUGAUGAGCUGUCUUAUUGAUGCUAAUAAGGCGAUUCGUGAAAAAGCCUUAUUGUGGUCAUUGGAAACGGGUCAUGUGUUGUAUAGAGACAAACUUGUUGCACGAGCUGUUUUAGCAUGCUUGCGGGAAGCCGUGAACGAAAAAUUAUUUGUUCAGCUCGUAUACGAACGGUUUCAGACGAUAGCCACAGAAGAAGAUGAUGGUGUUUUUGUCUCACAUGCUUGGGCUGCAAUUAUCACUAUUUUAGGAGGUUCUCGCAUAUCAUCCUGGGAGCAUUUUAACACUUGGCUGAAAGUAAUUCAAGUGUGCUUUAACUCAACUAAUCCUUUAACAAAAUGCGCAGCACAAACUGCCUGGAUCCGCCUCAUUCAUGAGUUUUCCAGUUUCGACAGUGUUGCUCAAGCCUCCAAGAGAUUUGCUCUUUUGUGCCAACCAAUUGCAAUGGUUCUCAAAACCCGGAAUUCAUCUACCGUAAAGCAUGCUGCAAUGAAUGCUUUAAUUGCAUUGCUGUAUGCCACAUUACGUCCGGGUAUUACAAACAGUAUCAUGGAUCUAUUGUGGAAUAUGGUUAUUCAAAAUCUUAUUGAAAAUACCGCCCUAAAAAAUGACUAUUCAAUGGCGGAAUCAGUUAAUAUCCUACUUGCUCUCUUCGACACAUCUUCGACCAUUUUUUGGCGAGAGGAUCGGUUGCUGAGUCGAGAUUUGGUACAGUCUGACGAGCUACCUAAAAUAAGUUCAAAAUGGGUUCGUACGAAUUGUGAUCUUACAGUUAAACCUGUUGAGGCUGUUUUAUACGUAGCAAAGCCGCAACGCGCUUUACGUUCCACUCCAAGAAAACAUUAUCUAAUUGGUGGAAUUCCGUACCAACAAAGUCAUCGUUUAUGGAAUACCUACAUUAAAUGUUUGGCUAGUGCGGGCUUGAAGGAAAUUAAAACCUCGGAUGAAACCAUUUUGACCAUGUGUUGCAUUAGUAAUGCCCUGUUCCGUUUCCUACACAAAAAUCCAUUAAAGGAGUUUGAAACGCUGGUUGAACGGAUCCCCCGGUACGCAGAGCUUGUAAAAGGUGUAUUAGAGGCUUUUGGUGUGAAGCUUUGCAUCGAAAAGGCAUAUUAUGAGGAAUCCGAAGAACUAAAGCCUCUUGCGUCUAAAGGAUCAGAUGCAAAUUCGGAUGUUACGCUCACAAGUCCAUUUGUAUAUUGGUUAAAGACGCUUUUGCCUCUAGCUAAUGGUAGUAUGUUUACUACUGUGCAUACUGCAUUCUCUGCCGUGUAUGAGUACUUAGCAAAUUCAGCAAUGGGUUUGACGACAAAACUACAAACUUUAUUCGAUUGUACCUCCAUUUUAGGUGAAAGUGAUGACUUGACUCUAGCUAGGGUGCUUGUUUCUCAUGAAGUUACUGCGCUCGCUAUUCGUUCGCUAUCUUCUGUUCUUGAUAAGUUAUCGACUAGCAGGGGAACUGGUUCCAUUGAUGAUGAUUUUAAAAACGAAUGGGAUUUGUUAUUUCAAAUCCUAUGUUGGUGCGCCAAAAACUGUUCUCUUAGUGACUCGGACAGUGUAAAUACUUUACUUGAACACUUUGCGAAGAUGGUAUCUUCUUUGGAGGGUGAAGCUAGUGUUAUUGAUAUUGUCAUUGAACCUUUUUCUGCUGUUCUGUUUGAGAAAUUGUCCGUUGAAAACUACCGUGUUUAUUCGUUUACCAUGACUUUAAUGAAGCUUUCUGUCUUUCCAGUUUCUCUAUAUGCGCCGCUAGCCGGAAAACAUAUGGAAGUUAUACAUGGGGAAAGCGUUCUUUCGGAAUGUAAAUUUCCCAAAAUUACAUUGUCUCUUAUUGAUAAGGUACUGCUUUAUCUUCGUUCAACCGGACAGCCUGAUCUCCAGUUGCGCUUUAUUAAGGAAAUAAUCAGCUUUCUACAGCUUGUACCUCGGGUUGUUUUAGCUGACUUUCUUUUAACUAUGCUUGAUAGCUUAGGAGCUUGGAUUAAAAUUGAUUUUAGUAACUUGCCAAAGGAAAGGGAAAUUAUUGAGAAACUUUCUGCUACAGUUUUCGAUCGACUUCGGGAACUUUCAGAUUCACCCAAUUUCAUUCUACAAUAUUUAUUCCCACUUCUCAUUGAUGGCUUAACAAGUACAUCCAAGGCCAACCAAGCUAUCGCAAUUAAUUUUUGGAACGAAGUACUCGGCGGUUUCGAUGCCAAUGAGUAUCCAACCCAACUAUUGGAGACGCUAAUCAAGGUUUCACAAACCGGACACAUCGUCAUCCCCCCAUCCCAAAUAGACCACUUCGAUAUACUUCCAGAAAUUGUAUUACCUGGUAUAAAAGAUCUUCACGGAAAGUCAUCUAUUGAUGCUACUAAGUUUCCAGAUACUGCCCCUGCAAUUAUUGAUGAGUCUACGGAACAAACAUCAACCGAAGAAAAGGCAAAACCAUUGGCUGAUAAUCCUGUCGAACUCAACAAAGAGGCACCUUCCGUUGAAACUGAUGAAACAGAUAUGCAGUAUUCCGAUGAUGAUACGGAGGACGAGGAAAACUCACUUGCUGAAGUACUUCGUGUCUCAAAGUUAAAAAAAUCGCGACAAAAUGCUAAAAAGAAGGUGCACGUUGAAGAGAAAAUCAAUAUAUUGUCUGCUCCUGAAACUGACACCAAUGCUGACACUGUGCCUAAUAAUGACGAAGCUAUCAACUCUUCCCAGUCUUCCACUGAGGCUGUAGAGCCCACAGUUGAGGAGAAAGAAAUAAGGCUCGAUGAUGUUCCUGUUGCAUGGAUUGCUUCUGCUACGUCUUCAUCCAGAAAAAGACGUUCGGAUAAGGCCCCCCCUGUAACUAAUUCGCCCAAACCAACAAAAAAGCGUAAAACAGCUGUGCAGCCGAUUGUCACCGUUCCUACAAGCCCUCGUAAAAAGCUUGACAAAAAGUCUCUUGAGCAAUUGAUGACUCGACGGGAUGCGCUUGAUACAUUGGGUGAAGCAAUCGUCAAUGUUGAACAAAUCAUUGACGAUUUUCAACCUAAUGAAUUGAAACAAUUGGGUUCUUUCUUAAUUCGCCUUCAACAAUCACUCUUUUCUAAGUUUUAGACAUGUUCAACGACCGUAAUAUUUCAUAGAACAAAUAUUCAACUAAAUUGUGACAUCUAAUUACGAUGAUACUACUGCUAAUGCAUCGUAAAAAAGCUAGCGGCUAUGUGAGCGUCAAUGGAACUGGGAUAAGUUUUUCGUCAAGGUCUCGAAUGUUGUCAAACCAUUUAUGUUGCAAGGUUUGCUCAAUAGUAAGUCUGGCUUCAACGUUUCUAUCAAGCAACUUUCUUAUAAGAUCUGCACUUUCUUCAGAAAUUAUAUAAGGUAUGCGCAGUUCCGCGUCCAAAAUCUCUUCAAUCUAUGCCUGUUAGGAAAAUCGAAAGUUCAUUCACGGCGACUCAAUGAAAGUCAAACUUACAUUAUAAUAAGGAUUUUCACGAUACAGUAUUGUAUACAGAAGAACGCCUAGCGCCCAGAUGUCCUGUUCUUUACCCAGGUACUUCUCUCCUCGAAGUAAUUCUGGUGCAGCAAAGCCAACAGUUCCUCGAAAUGUAUCAAAGGGGCCUCUCCAAGUAACACUAGAGCUUCCAAAAUCAAUAAGCUUGGCCCACCCACGAUCAUCUAUGACUAUAUUUUCGUCUUUAAUGUCUCUGUGAAUAAUAUUAUAGGAGUGGAGAUGAGCGACGGCUAACACCAUCUGAUAAAAGAUUGCUUUACACUCCUCUUCAGGAAUUUUUUCUCGGACUUCAAUGUAGUCGAAUAAUUCGAUUGCAUUUCUGUGUGGCUCCAUCACCAGGUAGUAGUUGUCAUCAUCUUCAAAGUAUGAAAUCAUUUUCACAACGUUCGGAUGCGGCCGGUCAAUAAGGAAAUUAAGAACACUGAUUUCCAUAGGGACAGUGCCCAGCUGUCUGUCACGCAUCCAAGCAUCCAAGAGGAUGCGAGUCUUUAUAAUACAUUUGACAAUAAUUUCAUGGUCCCGUUUUCGUUUAUAUGAAGCUAGGCGUACCCGGCCAUAGGCACCAACACCCAAUUCUUUGAUUGUAUGGUAUGCAGAUAUUGUUGUUGGGGGCGAUUCCCAGUCUUCAGCUUCAUCAGGAAUGGAAGCUGGCUGCUGGUUUUCUGCUGCAUCUUCAAUAAUAGCAUCUUCAGCAAAAGUAGUCAAUACCCUAUAAGGAAGCAGUUCAUUAUACGCUAAUUGUUCAGAAGUGAACCUCAGCCAAACACCAUAUAUUACGUCCUCUCUGCCCGCAGAAACGAACGGUAAAGUCACGAUGUUGACAUUAACUUCAAUCAACGAACCGUCAGCAUGACAAACAUGUGGAUUCAUAGAUUCGGAAGAGCCAGCAUGCAUAGCGUUAUUAUAUGCAUGUCUAAAGUGAACUUCAGAUAUAACCUUUCCAGGAAGCAGUGUGUUUCCAUCUUGACAGAGCUGCGAUAACACUGCUUCAAAUUCUGGCAUAAUCACACUUAUGUGUUUUCCGUACAAAUCAUCUAGUCCCAACAAGUUCUCCAUGAGUGCUUCAUUCAAUGAAAACAUAAUUAGCCGGGAAUUCAAGAAUAGCAAUCCCGCCAUAUGUUGAAACACGUUGAACCGGUAAGUACUCUCACCGAUGGGAAAUAUAACACUAGGAAAAGCCGAUUCCGACUUGUUAUGGUGUGUUGUGAAUACUCGAUCGGACCAACUUGUUGGGAAUCGAGACGAAAGGAGGGAAAUGUCGAGUUCUUUGCCGGAAGUGAUACUGUAGACAUGCCCGUCUUCAGCAACAGUGAAGUCAUGAUAUGUACAUUCGACAGCUUCGAGAAUCCAAAUGAGCUGGUCACCCUUUUCCUUCACCCAAAAUGCCAUAAGACGCAAACCGUCUACAGUUUGGACCGGAAAUGUGUCACCACAAUAGAUGACUCUUUCCUCUAUUCCGGGUUCUGCUGGUGGAAAGGAUGAGAACUGUGCGCCCAGUUCUUCGGCAAAGUAAGGCGGGAAAAUGGUAAAGACUUUAAACUUGUUUAAUUGUGACCCGGCAAGUCCAAACAACAGACAAAAGUAAUCGUUCGCA